AAAAAAACGCUAUUUUCAAUAAACAAAAGUAAUAACAAGAAGAAAGAGAAGAAGAAUGAUAUUUUGUCAUUGGUUUAGAGAGAUUUAUUAAGACUUCUGUAGAAUUAAUCACUGAUUUUAAAAUUAAUAAUCAAAAACAGGGUCCCGUAGUAUAAUUAUAAAUUUUAGGUUAUCGUAAUCAGUUAAUUGGUGAUUUGGGUAAAAAAUAUUCACAUAAUUGAUACUUAAAUAAAAAUGUAUUGUUGUUUAAUGAAUUAACCCGGUCCCAUAUAUAAUUUUACUCCUUUAUUAUUAUUAUUAUUAUUAUUAUUAUUAUUAUUAUUAUUAUUAUUAUUAUUAUUAUUAUUAUUAUUAUUAUUAUUAUUAUUAUUAUUAUUAUUAUUAUUAUUAUUAUUAUUAUUAUUAUUAUUAUUAUUAUCACAAUCAUUUAAACACUGACUUGCUCACUGUACAUAAAAAAUAUAAAAAAAAUGGUAAAUCGACACUGAAGAUCAGCUUGAAGACCAUCACUCCAAGAUACCAUCUAUCACUAUUACCGUAGCCACACAUCUCCAAGGCUGAUGUACUCAAUCGGUGGAAUUCACGGCAGCAUAUUCAAGCUGGAGAAACCAUUUCCUUGUCAUAAGUGUGGCAGAGCCUACCGGAACAAGGGCAGUCUGAAGCGACAUCUUCACGACGAGUGUGGGAAGCCGCCGCAGUAUAUCUGCAGCAUCUGCGAGAAGGGGUUCAAGCAGAAGGCCAAUUUCCAAAGACACAACGCCACCAUCCAUGCUCAUCUCUUCUCCCAAACGCCUUAAUAAUAUACACUAACUUAGACAUAAAUAUAUAAAUAUAUAUAUAUAUAUUUAUAUGAAAAUAUAAAUAUUGUUAACUUUGUCUCACACUUACGAGUGCAUUCAAUAGCCAGGCAAUUAAUCACUAUCCAUACAAUAUUAAUCAGUGUAAUAUCUAAUCACCCCAAUUAUGCAAUUAAAGAUAUACAAUUACCCACAAUACUCUCAAUAAUCAUCAAUAAUUAUAAUAUUUAAAACAGUAGUUACAAAUGCAACCCUUCAGACAAUUACUUCAAUAAAUAAACAAAUUGUUAUUAAAUCUAUAAAAAUAUUAUCUUUGCUCAAUUAUUUUAUAAAUUAAGCUUUUGUUAAUUGAAAUCAAAUGCAUGGAAUUAUUUUUUUUAACUCAUGUAAAUCCCAUGUGGGAUUAAUGAAAAAAUGUAUUGAUAAAUAAAUUGUGUUUGAUUUCAGAGCCGGCUCCGAAAAUUGAACCCAUUGAAGUGGAAGCGGACCCUUUGUUGGGAGAGUCGAGAACAGUGACGACAGAGGCGCCAUCUCUUGAGCCGAUAGUGAGUGUAGACACCAGCGAAACAAUGCCGGCUGUUGAUAAUUUUGAAAACUCGGCUUCUUUUGCGGAAGAAAACGAAUCCGAUGAGUCUGACCACGCGGAAACGGAAGCGAAUGAGGAAGACGACCUGACGAUAAAUCUUCAGAAGAUAACGGCGUCUUUGGAUCCUCAAGAUCCGCUUGAAACUCCUGGCUCUUGUCUUGAUGACAUCACGUACCUGGACGAUGGGGGAGAUGAGGACGGCGAUGAGGAUCCUGAUGACCCUUCGACUUCUAAAUCGAAGAAACGGAAGAAUAAGAAACAUGUCUGUCCUCAGUGCGAUCGACGGUACUCUAAUAAGAGUACUUUGAACCGACAUCUGCGUGAAGAAUGUGGGAAGAAACCUCAAUACACUUGUCGUUAUUGCCAGAAAUCCUUUAAACAAAGGUCCAAUUUUCAACGACACAUCUGGACUAUUCACGGCUGUUUGCUCACUUCGAUUGCUUAAUUUUUUUUUUCAUUGUGUUAUUAAUUAUUUAAACUUUUUUUAUUUCUUUAUUAGACUAUUUAAUAUUGUGCUCAUUAAUUAUUUAAAUGCGCACUAACGAAUUAGCCUUUAGUAUUAAAACCUUUACAAUAUUUUUUAAUUUAUUUGUAAGAAGAAAUAAAAUAAACUUCAUAUUUU